GAUCAUUUUUGGCAAUGCCGUUGACUGUGAAUUUAAACACGACUGCAUGAUCGAUAUGGCACACAGUCCAAUGACGCAUUUUUUUAGGUAUACCAAAUUCCAUUGUACGACCGCUACAUAUACUUGGUUUGAGAUUUGAGUAGAAUCAAGAAGAUGGAGAAAUCAUCACCGGAAAAGCUUGUACUGGUUACUCAGGAACUAGACGGGGUUGCCUGUAUCACCAUCAACCGACCUAAGUCCCUAAAUUCUCUCACUAAAUCAAUGAUGAUCGAUCUUGCUCGAAUUUUCAAGUCCUUGGACGCGAAUGAUUCGGUUCGGGUCAUUAUACUCACGGGAUCGGGUCGAUCGUUCUGCUCCGGCGUUGACCUUACGGCGGCGGAGGACGUGUUUAAGGGUGACGUGAAGGAUGUGGAGACUGAUCCGGUCGCCCAAAUGGAGCGAUGUAGGAAGCCAAUUAUUGGGGCUAUUGCUGGAUUUGCUGUGACUGCUGGUUUUGAGAUUUCUCUCGCUUGUGAUCUGUUGGUUUGCUCCAAAGAUGCUAAAUUUUUGGACACUCAUGCUAGGUUUGGGAUAUUUCCUUCUUGGGGUCUUUCUCAGAAACUAUCUCGCGUUAUUGGACCCAACCGAGCUCGUGAAGUGUCCUUAACUGCAAUGCCUAUCAACGCAGAACAAGCUGAGAGAUGGGGUUUGGUAAAUUAUGUUGUUGACAGAAGUGAACUUUUGAAUAAAGCUAGGCAAAUUGCAGAAGCCAUCAUCAAGAACAACCACGACUUGGUUUUGAGGUACAAGGCAGUUAUAAAUGAUGGGUUCAAACAAGACUUGACCCGGGCCCUUGCUCUUGAGAAGGAGAGGGCUCACGAGUAUUACAAUGGAAUGAGCAAGGAUCACUUCAAGAAAAUGCAAGAGUUCAUUGCGGGGCGGAAUUCAAGCAAUCCUUCAUCAAAAUUAUAGAUUUAUCAUGUGCAAUAUUUUCUGCUUUUGAAAUAAACAAGUCCCGCACAGGUUUUAUUCAAAAAUCAAAUAAAAAUAAAAUGUUGCUCC